AUGCCCACAGUAGUUUCUGUCCUUUUUCUAACAAUUGCUAUAAUUGAAUCCAUGGCAGGACUUCUAGGAAAUGGAAUUAUCUUGGCUGUCAGUUCAGCUAACUGCAUCAGGAGCAAAAUACUGUCCUCGUACGAUAUGAUUAUGAUCUUUCUGAGUUCAUUCAGACUCUUUUUGCAGUCCUGGUCGAUGCUGGAUUUACUCCUAUGUAUGUUCUGUGAAAUGUCCUAUUAUGAAGAAAAUUUCUCUGCCAUUUUCUCUACAGUUUUUGUGUUUCUGAACUUCUCCACCUUCUGGUUUGCUGCCUGUCUUAGCGUCUUCUAUUGCACCAAGGUUGCUACUUUGACUCAGUCUUAUUUCAUCUGGCUGAAGCAAAGAAUAUCCAGUCUCAUGCCCUGGAUGCUGAUAACAUCAUGUCUUCUCUCCUUUGUGACCUGUUUUCCUUUCACUUGGGAAGUCUACAGCGUGCGUGACAACUUCACUGCUCCUUUAACCAUAAUGAACUCUUCAGAAGAGAGAGUGACAAAGAAAGUUAAUGUCUUUUUAUUGAUUCUUUUCUUUAAUGUUAGUAUAGCCUUGCCUGUAAUAGUAUGUAUUGUUUCAAGUAGCCUGCUGAUUAGGUCUCUCUGGAUUCACACCAGGCAGAUGCAAUAUAAUGCAACUGGCUUCAGGGAUCCCAGCUCAGAGGCCCAUAUUAGUGCCAUCAAGUCAGUCUUUUCCUUCCUUAUCCUCUAUGUUAUAUAUUUUAUUUCUUUGGCUCUCCUUUAUUCUGAUGUUUUUAUCCCUUUAAGCAUUGAAGAUGCCAUAUGUAUAGUCGUAAUUGCUGCCUGUCCUACAGGGCACUCCAUGAUGUUAAUCUGGAGCAACCCCAAAUUUCGAGAGUUGCCAGCUAGGAUUUUACACCAUGCAAACUGUCAUGUCAGAACUGGAUCCAUGUAG